AUGACUAUUCCUGUUUCUUUGAAUAUUGAUAUUCAUUUAGAUAGUAUAUUUCCUAGAUGCUUGAAGGAAUAUUAUGAUGUUAUAAGCAAAAUUGGAGAUCCUAGUAUAAAUCGUUUUAAUAAUGUAUGUUCUGGAAUGCGAAGCUAUUUAGGACUUAAAAAACAUGGGUUUUAUAACAGUUGCAUUGAUCUCAGUAACUACUUAGAACAUAUAAAAGAUAAUAAACCUAAUGACAAAAUAUCAUAUUGUACAUAUUUCAAUUUCAAACUAAAAGAUAAACUAAAUGGCUUACAACAUAAUUGUGAAGGUGAAGUAGGUUGUUACGCAAAAAUGUUAAGCGUAAUGGAUGGAAGUACAGGAAAAAAUAAUGUUUCUAAUAUUUGCAAAGAUCAUAUUAAUGUUCUUGAUAAUGCUACAUUUUCCUUAUUUCAAAUGUUGAAAGGUUUAUAUUAUAAAUCACAUGAAUUAUUAAUUAAAGAUGAAGAGUUCCAACGUGACAACAAGUGUUUUAAUAUUUAUGAAAAACUUUGUAAAAUAUGUCA